AUGUAGAAUUAUUUUUAAUUCAAGGAUUUAUAUAAAGAAAAUAAAUUUGUCCAAGCAAUUUAAGAAGCCAACAAGGCUCUGGAACUAAUGCCAAAGCUUGCCUCUGCAUAUUUGUAUAGAGGUAUCAUUUAUUAAAUGCAAUAACUAUGAUGGUGUCACAAAGAAUAAAAUUUAAAUUAGGAGGCGUUAAACGAUUUUACUAAGGCUAUAGAGCUUGAUCCUAAUUUAGUCUAACCUUACCAAAAUAGAGGUAAGUAUAAUAGAUAUAUAAAAGCAAAUUUAUUAUUGGAUCUAAAUAAGGAUGAAGAAGCAAUAAAAGAUUUUUAAAAGGUUAUAUAAAUUGAUCCAAACUACAUAAAUGCAUAUUACAACAAAUUUAUUGCUUUAAACAAGUUAGGAAAGUAUAAAGAUGCUGUUAAAGAUUUAAAUAAAGUAAUAGAAUUAGAUUCUACAUAUGUAAAUGCCUACUAUCAAAGAGGUUUACAAUCAGUCAAUUAUGAAUAGGUAUCCUUCAUUCAAAUUUUGGGAAUAAUGAAGAAUGUUUAAAAGAUUACGAUAGAGUAAUUCAGCUCAAUCCAAAUCAUGAAAACUGCUACUUUAAGAGAGGUUAAUUUUCUAUCAAUUAUUAGCAAUGACUUUAAAUAUGUUAGGCAAAACAGAAGAUGCAGUUAAAGAUUAUAAAAAAGUUCUUAGCUUAAAUCCUAAUAAUGCAAAUGCCUACAAUAAUUUAGGUAAUCAUGUUGUUAAAGUAGCUAAUAUUUUCCAUACUUUGGGAAGAGAUGAAGAAGCAAUAAAUUGUUAUUAGAAGAUAAUUGAAAUCAAACCAGAAGAACAAGAUGCUUAUUCUAAUUAAGGUAAUUAUCAUUUGAUAGACCAGCCAUAUUGUUGAAAAAUCUUGGUAAAAAUGAUGAGGCUAUUAAUUGUUACAAUAAAUUAAUAGAUCUAAAUCCCAAUGAUGCUAACCCGUAUUUUCGCAGAGGAUUUCUUCUGAUGCAGAAAAAUAAAAUUUAGUCAUUAUAGGAUUUUACUAAAGCAAUUGAAUUAAACCCUUCAAAUAAGGAUGCUCACUAUAAUAAAGGUAGUGUGGUUAUUAUAUUGUGUCUAGCAUUAUUAUUAAAUGAAUUGGGGCAAGAAGAGAAUGCUCUAUUAAGCUAUUAAUAGGUUAUAAAACUUGAUCCAAAAUAUUAAAAUGCUUACUUUAAUCAAGGUAUUUAAUCUAAUUUUACAAAGCAAUCAUUCUGAGAAAACUUGGAAAGAAAGAAGAAGCCUUAAAUUCGUAUAAUAUAUUGUUGUAAAUGCAUCCUAAUACAGUUGAAGCAUACUAUAAUAGAGGUAAUUUUCACCAAAAGUUAUAAUAGCUAUUUUACUUGAUGAAGUAGGCUAAAAGGAGAAAGCAAUACAAGAUUACAACAAGGCAAUAGAAUUAGACCCUUCUUAUUAGAGUGCCUAUUUGAAUAGAGGCAUUAUUUAUAUCUAUUCUAGGAAUUUUACUAGAUGAACUUGGAAGGAUGGAUGAUGCCUUAAAGAAUUUUAAUAAGGUAAUUGAAUUAAAUCCAAAGGAUGCUAAGCUCUAUAAGUGUAGAGGUUUUAUUGAUUUUUAUUUUUAGCUGAUUUGAUGGAGAAAAUGGGACAAAAUUAGAAAGCUUUUAAUGACUAUCAACAAGCUAUUGAUCUUGACCCUCAAUUCAUUAAUGCUUAUUUUAAUAGAGGUAUACAUUACUAUCAUCCAUAGCAUUGCUAUAUCAAAAAUAAAAAAAAUAUUAAGAAGCGUUGAAUGAUUUAAACAAAAUAAUUGAACUAGAUCCUAAAAAUGCCUCAACCUUUAAUAGAAGGGGUACAAUUAACACAUAUUCUUUUAGGAUGUAUUUACCAUGAACUGGAAAAAGAUAAAGAAGCAAUGAUUGAUUUCAAUACAUCUCUUUUAUUAGAUCCUAAUAAUCCUAGCACCUAUAAUAAUCGAGGUUAAUUUACAGUUAUAACUCUAGCCAAUCUCUUUAGCGAUUAAGGAUUAGAUUAGGAAGCACUUAAUGAUUAUAAUUAGUCUAUUUUGCUAGAUCCUUUAAGUUCCUUUAAAUAUUGUAACAGAGGUUCUUGUUUGCUCAAUUAAAAUAGGGCUUUUAUUAAAAAAACAAGAGAGAAAUCAAGAAGCCCUUAAUGAUUUUAAUAAGGCGAUUGAACUUGACAAUAAAAAUGAAGAAGCUUAUAAUAGUCGAGGUAAGAAAUUAAUCUAGUUCAGGUAAUUUGUAUAAAGAAUUGAAUAAAUUGGAUGAAGCAUUUAAGGACUAUAAUAAGGCUACCGAACUCAACCCUAAAUAUGUUAAUUCUCUUUAUAAUAGAGGUAUAAUUGUUUUAACAUCAAGGCAUUUUAUAUUAAAAUUUGGGGGAAAAAGAAAAGGCUCUAAAAGAUUAUAUGCUAGUAUUAGAACGAAAUUAAGCUCAUUCUGAUACUUAUAAUUCUAGAGGUUAAAUUAUUCAACAUUAAUAGGUAAUUUGUAUAUGAAUGAUGGUAAAAUGGAAUAAGCUAUCAAAGAUUAUAAUAAGGCCAUAGAAAUAAAUCCUUUGAAUCCAUUAUAUCUAACUAAUCUUGGUAGUUUAUACUAUCACCAAAAGGAUUACAUUAAAGCUAAAAAUUUUUUCUCACUUGCUUAAGGCUGCUUAGAAUAAAUCAUUGAUUCAAAAUUCAAAUGUAGAAAUCUUUCAUCGAAAAAUAUUAUAUUUAUUUAAAGUAAAUUAAGGUUGAUUUCUGAGAUUGACAAUCAAUUUUAAAUAACAAAAAAUAAUGUUGCUCAAUUUGCAAAAAACAACUAAAUUAACUAGUAAUAAGAAUAAGCAUUUUUAUUAGAAAUCAAUAAGAUCUAGGAAUAAGCAGCUAGUGGUAUGAAACCAACAAAUGAAUAAAUUGAUAAGAAUUAACAACAAUAAAUAUUGGAUUUCUUAUUUAAAAUAGAAUAAGAAGUAAAAGCAAUAUAUGACAAGUUAGAAAAAGAGUCUAAGGAAUCAAAAGAAAAGAUUUUAUAAUUAGAAUCUAAGGUUUAGAAAUUGGAGGAAUAAGAUUCUUACUAAUUAGAAGAAGAAUUAAAUUUAUUAAAGAAACCAGAGAACUUUCAAUCAUUUUUAUAUUACAAAUCCUUAUUUUGGCGCUUAUAUAAUUAUUUACAUGCUAUGUAAUUAAUGUCAACUAAUCUAUUUACAAUAAACAGAGAUGCUAUGGUAGAAAGCAAUUCUGAGAAAGUGGCUGACUUUCUAAAAACUAUGUCAAGUACUGGUUCAUUUAUAAUGGGAUCUGUACCAAUUAUUGGAACAACAUUCAAUGCUAUAAAUGCAGCAUUAGAUUAUAUGGUUGAAAAAGCAAAAGAAAAUAAAUUUCAAAUUAGAAUGUAAGCACUAACCAAAAUUUAAUAAAAAUUUUUUGUUUCUCCUUCCGAAUAAGAGAGAGAAAUUCAAUUUGCAGCUAUUGCUCUUGCAAAAAAGCAAAAACCCCAUAAUAAUGAUGACUGUGAAUAAGGAGCAUUAAAUCCUUAUAUAGUUAAACUAUCAAUUCUUGAGAGUAACUAUGAGACAAACUCUGAAUCUGAAUAUUUGAAAAGAUGA